CUCUCUCUCAAAUAAAUAAAAUCUUAAAAAUAUAUAAAUCUUAAAUAAAAAUUCAAAAUCCUUCCUUCCUAGAUGAAUGGUCUAACGUUUGCCUAGCUCCAACCUUGCCAGUUUACUCAUCUUAACCAAAAUUCUCCCUUUUCAGUUUUUGAAGGAAUAUACUAGGCUCUUUUCUGUCUCAAGGCCUUUACAUUUGCUACAUGUAAAAGUGGGUCCCUUUUAGUAUUCUCUCUUGACAGCCUGUUUGCAUACUAAUUGCUUGUUUAUCGUUUCUCCCAACUAGACUUUAAAUGCAUGGGAAUCUAGACCCUAUCUUCUUUGUUGUCAUUGAAAAGUCAGAUGCCCUAUAGUAUCUGACAUAUAGUAGAUGGUCAUUAUUUAUUGAAUAAGUGAAUGACAUGAUUAGUUUUAGCUGAUUUAUUCAUUCAGCAAGCAUUGGGCAUCCCCUUUGUUUAUAAUGUCAUGUGUUGUUUACAGAAGCACUCAUGCCUACGUUAUACCAUUGGUUCGUUGGUUCAUUGUCUGCUUGCUUUAUGCCAAGACACUGUGCUGGGGACUGAGGUACACAAAGAUGAGGAGAGUCCCUUUCUGUGUGGUACUCGAAGCAGCCCAGUGAAGAAGACAGGCGUGCUACCACCUCUCAUGAAGGAAACAUGAGGCACAAUAGGAACCUCUAAGUCUGAAAGGAAGCCAGAAAGAACUUACUUCCCAGAGGCAGUAACAGGAACAGAAAUCUGAAGGGAGUGGAGGACCUGGGGAGGGUGUCCCAGGCAGAAGGAAUAGAUUGUGCAAAAGCUUGGAAGCAUUGAAAGACAAGUCCUGUUUUGCUGGGUGGUGGUGGAGCAUAGGUUGCACGGGGACAAUGGCUAGAGGGGUAGGUUGUGGCUGAAAGACUUAAAUGUUACCUUUGAAACAACUGUAAGAAGCCAGGAAAUACGUUAUUCCCAUUUUUCAGGUGAAAAACUGAGGUUUAGGUUCCUUGUAAGUGGCAGGGCUGGUAUUAAACCCAGUUCUGAUUCCCUCUUCUGUCUACUGCAAGACUGAUGCUUAUUAGCCAUAUUAGCGGGAAUGACAAGUUCUAGGGACGGUGGAACAUUAGAGUGCUGACAGGUGAAGUGGGCAGAGUAGGACUCACGCUUGCUUUCUGGCAACUUUGUGUUGCCAUCGCUCCUCUCCCUGCCCUGCACUCCAGAUCCAACAGUUCCUCCGGUUAGCGCAACGAGGGACAGAGGAAAAGGAGAGAGAGAGGGCUCUGGUCAGCCUUCGUCGAGGCUUGCAGCACCCUGAGACGCAGCAGACCUUCAUCUGGAGCUCUGUCUGUAUACACUGGGUAACCUGAUUGUGGAGAGUGAGGCUGUGAGAAGGCAGCUCCUGCCACAGGGCAUUGUUCCAGCUUUGGCUGCCUGCAUCCAGUCCCCCCAUCUGACUGUGCUGGAAGCCCUCGGAUAUGCCUUGUCCCAGCUCCUGCAGGCUAAGGAAGCUCCAGAGAUGAUCAUCCCCUCUGUCUUGGGCUCCACUCUCCCCCAGCAUAUCCUGCGACUGUUGCAACCUGGCCCAAAGCUGAACCUUGGGGUCGCUGUGGAGUUUGCUUGGUGCCUGCACUACAUCAUCUGCAGCCAGGUCAACAAUGCCCUGCUUAUCUACCAUGGGGGUCUGUCCACUCUGGGGCUGCUGCUGCUGGAUGUGGCUGGGGCUGUCCAGAGAACUGAGGAUGCAGGACUGGAGUUGCUGGCAUGCCCUGUGCUUCGGUGUCUAAGCAACUUGCUAACAGAAGCAGCGGUGGAGGUUGGGGGAGGGCCAAAUCAGCUCGAAGAUGAGCGUGUUGUGGCGGCCUUAUUUAUCCUUCUGCAGUUCUUCCUCCAGAAACAGCCCAGCCUACUUCCUGAGGGCCUCUGGCUCCUUAACAACCUCACUGCGAAUAGUUCUAGUUUCUGUACUUCCUUGCUCUCCAUGGAUCUGAUCGAGCCCCUCUUGCAGUUGCUGCCAGUUUCUAAUGUGGUGAGCGUAUUGGUGCUCACGGUUCUGUGCAAUGUGGCUGAGAAGGGUCCUGCUUACUGCCAACAUCUGUGGCCAGGGCCUUUGCUCCCCUGCUUGAUGGGCACGCUAGCGUCCUCUGAUACUGAAGUAGUAGGCCAGAGUUUAGAGCUGCUGCAACUGCUGUUCCUCUAUCGGCCAGAGGCUGUGGAGGCGUUUCUGCAGCAAUCAGGGCUGCAGGUCCUCGAACAGCAUCAGGAGGAGGCACAGCUCCAGGAUCGUGUGCGUGCUCUCCAGAAGACAGCUCUUCACAGGUGAUCUGGCUUCUUGAUGCCACUCAUUCAGCUCAUCACCUCCCCCCACCCCCUCAACUUCCUUGCCCCUGGAUCCCCUUUUGAGGAUUUAGAACCAUGACAUCUCAUGUUCUCUGCUCCUAUGUUGGGGACAGAAUAAAGUUUUAUUUUUAUAUUA